AAGAUGAGUUUGUCUUUACAUCCCAAUUUAAUUAUACAAAAAAUCAAAAUAAGAAAACAAUUGGGUGUAGAAAGGUCUGAAUUUUUACUUGUCAUUUCAUAGACCUUUCAAGAAUCAGUGAGAAGUUCUAGCAGUAGUAGUCUGGAGUAUAACAAAGUGACAAGGGUAGGAUCUAGAAUGAACUUCCAAAACUCUCGAGACCCAUCUAAAUUCUUCCUCACUUCUCAUUGCUCGCUAUAAAUGUCAUCACCAUCUCCUCCAUGAGACCAUACCUGAAAACCAAAGGCUAAUUACAAAUCUGACAUAGCCAUGGCUUCAACUCUUUCCUCUUCUCCUUCACCUCUGUUGUCCUUCAAACCCAGACCCCUUAAGAAAACCCCACCGGCACGAGUCACUGUCCUGCCUCCGAGGGUGAAAGCUGAGGCUGGAGCCGGAAGCGAUCACAACAAAGAUGCAUCUUUGGAGGUGCAUGUCAAUCCAAGCGGCCAGGGCCAGGGGACGUCCGUGGAGAGGCGGCCGGGGCCCAAGCGGCUGGCCCUGGACGUUUCACCUUAUGGAAUUUUGGACCCUCUAUCUCCAAUGAGGACGAUGAGGCAAAUGCUGGACACAGUGGACAGGUUGUUCGACGACGCAGUAAUGAUGACACCAGGAUGGAGAUGGAGCAGGGGUGAGGUCCGAGCUCCUUGGGACAUUGAAGAGCACGAAAACGAAAUCAGGAUGCGUUUUGACAUGCCUGGCCUCACCAAGGAACAUGCCAAGGUUUCUGUUGAAGACGAUUUUUUGAUUAUAAAAGGCGGCCAUGAGACUGAAACCACCAACUCCAGCAGCAAUGAUGACGGCUGGUCCACAAGGAACGCCUCUGCUUACCACACCCGCCUCCAACUUCCUGAUGGCGUUGACAAAGACAACAUCAAGGCCCAGCUUUCCAAUGGCGUUCUUUACAUUACACUACCUAAAAUCAAAGUUCAACGCAAGGUCAUGGAUAUAGAGAUCCAGUAACUGUUUGAUAUUCCAAUUCCAUGACUAGUUUUUGGUUUUGUUUGUGAGUUUGCUACUUUUAGCUCUCUUCUGAUGUAUAGAUGCAUAUAACAUUAGUGUUUCUCAAAUUCCCGUACAUAUAAUAUUCAAUAAUGGCAAAUUAUGUCUC